AUGGCUUGCGGUGGUUCUCCUUCGGUAUGCGCAUUCAGCGUUCCGAGCUCUGGAUCUUCAUCUAUGUUAGCAGCCAUCCCCCCUGGGUUUCCUUCCAACCGGGGUAUUCCUUCUGGUGUGGGUCCUUCUAUGGAUCAUGAUGGAGGAGCAUCCAUUUUCAAGUUUGAGAAUGCUAAAGAAAAAGGUUGUGAAAAAUCCAAGCGGCCAGCUUCUGUCCAACGUGCACUCUCAGUUUUGGAAAUGGAAGUAGAGCAAAUAAAUAAAGGGAAAUACGAGCACUACAUGCAGAAGGAAAUUCAUGAACAGCCAGAAUCUCUUACAACAACAAUGAGAGGGAGGCUUAUACGUGGAGGAUCAUGCAAAGCAAAGAGUGUUCUCUUAGGAGGACUAAAGGAUCACCUCAGAACCAUUAGGAGAAGUCGAAGAAUUGUCUUCAUUGGUUGUGGCACAAGUUAUAAUGCAGCUUUAGCUGCAAGGCCAAUUUUGGAAGAACUUUCUGGUAUCAUUGUAAUAAUGGAGAUUGCUAGUGAUUUGGUGGAUAGGCAGGGGCCAAUAUACAGAGAAGAUACAACUGUCUUUGUUAGUCAAUCAGGGGAAACAGCAGAUACAUUGCAGGCAUUAGAAUAUGCGUUAGAGAACGGUGCCUUAUGCGUUGGCAUCACCAAUACUGUUGGCAGUGCAAUUGCUAGGCAUACACACUGCAGAAUUCACAUAAAUGCUGGUUGUGAGAUAGGGGUAGCUAGUACCAAGGCAUACACAAGCCAAAUUGUUGUCAUGGCUAUGUUGGCUCUGGCAAUUGGAGAUGAUACGAUUUCUAGUCAAGGAAGACGGGAAGCAAUAAUAGAUGGCCUAUUUGAUUUGCCGAAUAAGGUCAAAGAGGUUCUCAAACUCGAUGAGGAAAUGAAAGAUCUUGCAAAAUUACUAAUUGCAGAACAGUCACUUCUUGUCUUCGGGAGAGGCUACAAUUACGCAACUGCAUUGGAAGGUGCCUUGAAGGUAAAAGAAGUAUCACUUAUGCAUAGUGAAGGAAUACUUGCUGGAGAGAUGAAACACGGUCCCUUGGCUUUAGUUGAUGAGACCCUUCCAAUAGUUGUUAUUGCUACCCGUGAUGCUUGUUUCAGCAAACAACAAUCCGUUAUUCAGCAACUUCAUGCUCGGAAAGGUAGACUUAUAGUGAUGUGUAGUAAAGGUGAUGCGGCAUCUGUCAGUGUUGGUGGAUCUUGCCGUACAGUUGAAGUUCCAGUUGUUGAGGACUGCCUGCAGCCGGUAAUCAACAUAGUUCCUCUACAGCUUUUGGCAUAUCACCUGACUGUUCUCCGCGGAUACAACGUUGACCAGCCACGAAAUCUUGCAAAAAGCGUGACAACACAAUGA